CGCCUGAGGCGGAGGAGCUUGAGGGGGAGGAGGAGGAGGAAGAAGAAGGAGAAGAAGAAGAAGAUGCCGCUGUUCGCCGCCAACCCGUUCGAGCAGGAUGUGGAAAAGGCCACGAAUGAGUACAACACCAGUGAAGACUGGGGUAUUAUCAUGGACAUAUGCGACAAAGUUGGAAAUGUUCCAAACGGGGCGAAAGAUUGCCUUAAAGCUAUAAUGAAAAGGGUAAAUCACAAGGUUCCACACGUGGCUUUACAAGCACUGACUCUUCUAGGAGCCUGUGUGUCAAACUGUGGAAAAAAUUUUCAUUUAGAGAUAUGUUCCCGUGAUUUUGCAACAGAAGUUCGUGGGGUGAUAAAAAAUAAGACCCAUCCUAAAGUGUGUGAAAAGCUCAAAACUUUAAUGGUGGAGUGGUCAGAAGAAUUUCAGAAGGAUCCUCAAUUUAGCUUGAUUUCAGCAACUAUUAAGUCCUUGAAGGAGGAAGGCGUUACUUUUCCUACAACGGGAGCUCAGACGGUCUCGCAUGUUUCCAAGAAUGGUACAUCAUCCAGCCAGAACAAAGAGGAUGAAGAUAUAGCUAAAGCUAUUGAAUUAUCUUUGCAAGAGCAGAAACAGCAACAAACAGAAACCAAAUCCUUAUAUCCGUCUGCAGAAAUUCAGUUAAAUAAUCAGAAGGUUUCAAGGAAAGUACGCGCCUUGUACGAUUUUGAAGCCGUCGAGGACAAUGAACUCACCUUUAAAAGCGGAGAAAUUAUCAUUGUUUUAGAUGAUAGUGAUACCAACUGGUGGAAAGGAGAAAAUCACAGAGGAGUAGGACUCUUCCCAUCUAAUUUUGUAACCUCUAAUUUAAACGUGGAGCCUGAAGCAGUGGCUGUGGAUAAAACUGGAGUAACCGAAGCUGAUGCGGAAGAAAUUACUAAAUCAGAACCUGAACCAGUUUAUAUAGAUGAGGACAAAAUGGAUAGCGCUCUCCAGACACUUCAGAGUAUAGAUCCUAGAGAUUCAAAGCCAGAUUCUCAAGAUCUGCUGGAUUUAGAAGACUUCUGUCAGCAGAUGGGCCCUAUGAUAGAUGAAAAACUUGAAGAGAUUGAUAGGAAGCACUCCGAACUGUCCGAACUGAAUGUGAAAGUCCUGGAAGCCUUGGAACUGUAUAACAAGCUGGUGAACGAAGCUCCCGUGUAUUCAGUCUAUUCAAAGCUCCAGGCUCCGACCCACUACUCUCCUGGAGUCCCAGUGCAGGCCUAUCCCGUCCAGCCACCCGGAGGGAGCUACAUGGUUCAGGCCAUCCCCCAAGGCUACAGUUUGGGACCCGAUCAGAUCGGCCCAUUGCGGUCCCUCCCUCCCAACAUAAAUUCUUCCGGAACACCUCAGCCCACUCAGACUCCAUACUUAAGCAGCGGACUGGAAGCUGUUUCCAGUUCCACGUACCUGAACCAGAACUCUGGCCUUCAGUCAGCUCCCGGGGCGGCUACUUACCCACAGCAGAUGGGCAUGUCGGCAGACGUGGCAACCUACCAGAGCACCGCGUCCGGUUUGCCUCAAGUACCCGGCUACCCCCUGGCAGUUCCAGCUCAUUCAGUUGUCCAACAACCAGCAACUUGCAGCCAGCAACCUCUUCUCUAAAAACAAACAAGGCACAUUCUUGAAAGCAUUCACAAGUGUAUCGCUCAGCCUUUGUGAUUUUUGAAUCAUCCAGUAGUGGAAUGAGAGCAGAACAGCUUUCCCCCUCAAUUCAGAAGGACCACGAGUAGACAUCUAGAAUUUGCCUCAGCCUCUAGACUAGGAAGUAACUCUCCAAAGGGAAAUCCAUUUCAGAUCUGCGGGCCUGUUGUCUGAGAGUUUAGUCCAGCAGACUUUAAAAAAAAAAAAAUGGGGGGGCACCCAUUAAGAGAAUUUUCACAAUACUCAGUAGUGUAUAUCAGCAGUUGAUUCUCAAAUAUUAAAAACGUGGGCGAAGGCUUGUUGAGGAACAGAUUUCUUUCCAGAAAUGUCUCCGAUGAACCCGUGAAACAGACGUGUUGUUCGUUUUGUCUGCCGAUUCUUUUCAGUGUUGCCGAAACUCUAUCAUUAAGUCCGCCGUUAUGACUUCUUGGUUAGUGAAAACGCAGUCACGUUUAUAUCCCUGUCAGUUCUGCUUUAAAGUCGUAUUGAGCAAUGUGAGUGUAACUGUCUGAAACAGGAGGAAAUUGGGAGGAAGGAGAUGGUUUUCCCAUUCUAACGGGGAGGACCACAGAAUACAGACCUGCAAAAGCAUUUAGCUUCUCCCCCAAAACCUUCCUGCCAACAGUGAGCUAAAUAGCAUCCUACUAAACGUGCUUCUGGUCUAGUCAGGGGAAGGAUCGCUUCCUUGGAGGAGGAGCGGGGGGGUGUCCGGGAAACGGAAGCAUCUCCCUUAUGAUUUCCUGUCCAGCCAUUGCCAUUUCUGGCUGAAGAUUCAGAGCUGAGACCGUCCCCGUCUGCGGACUGGACUUUCAUCCUCCCUAGAGUUCCCUUCGACCCGAAAGGAGGCCUGUAGGUAAACAAUAACCAAAAGCUUCUGCACCAGAGACACCAGGCUCAUUGUCUUUCUUCUUAGCGUCAGCUCUUUUCAUUUAACAUGUAUGUUAGGCAUGGCACGUGUCCUUUGCUAGCGUGUUGACCUUGGAGUGUAUGGUGUGGUUAUCCACGAUUGGAGGCUCAGACAUUCCUUUGAGGCGUCUUAAGUGUGUAGAACUGUAGCAUGCAGUGGAUUAAGAAAUGGAUUAAGAAAUGAGAUACCAAGCCAGUUUUCCCGGUAACCUAAUUUUUAGGUGACUUUUAUCAUGUUAAUAGCUCAUAGAGACUGCAGAAGUUGAUUUCGUGAACGUGGGAUCGGCUUUCCCAUCUGAAAAAAUUGCACACUACAGUCCACCUAUUUACCGUCAAAUAGAUAUGACUAUUACGAACAGGUGGUAUUUAGAUUGAGGGAGAUAAUGGACAGCUCUUUAAUAGUCAAACUAGUUAUUGCAUGGCAGAUUUCUACAUGUGAUUUUUACAGAUGCAAUCUUUCUACCAAAAAAAAAAAAAAAUUCUAAUGUUUGGUGAUUCUGAAAAUGUCAUCCCAAAAUGAAGUUCUCCUGUAUUAGUCUCUGAAGGCUUACUGUUUACUAGUUUCAGAAACGAUUUAGUCAUAAAGUUCUACUGCAAAGCAUCGUGUAUCCUGAAAUAAAAUGGUCCAACACAGGUCUGUGUUGAAAACGGGAAAAAAAAAUAAUAGUAUUUGGAAGCCCACAAAUUAUUUUUUCUUACUCCUGGUUCAAGAACUGGAGGGAAACUGUAAUUGUCCCUACUCCGAGUUCUGUAUGAAGUUGUUAAAUAUAUAAAUAAAAUACUCUAAAAUGGCACCUUAACUUUUUGUUAAUAUCCUUCUAUUUUUAACACUUUGUUUCAAAAGCUGCUGCUCAGAAUAGUUAAUUAUCUGGAAGAGCUUAAAUAUUUCGUCCAACUGUAUUUACUAAUAUUUUAUUUGAAUUUUUAUGUAAGUCCUUGUAUCGUGAUUGGAAAAAAAUGAAGUUUAUUUGAAUUCAGACUUUGGGUCAUUGUCAGUGACACCCAAUGCAUUGAUUGGGGUUAGUAAACUAAAUUAGCCUAAUUCAUCUUCAGAUAAAUUUAGACCUUUAUUCUAUGAAGUAUUUAUAAAUAGUGUAUAUAAGCAUUUGUCUAUGUGGGAUUUUAUACACAGGCAGAUAUUUUCUGCUUCCCCGCAAAUUACAAAUAACUGCUAUUUUGUAUUGGCAAGACCACUGUCUCUUCUCCAGCCAUGCUGUUGCAAGCUUGUGUGAUCACUUACGCAGUUUGUAGAUAGUGUAAAAUAUCUGUUUAUUAAAUUGGUGUAUUUAGAUAAUCGUCUUGGUGUUAAUAGAGGGUUAUAGCAGGUUUUUUUCCUCUUCGUGAUCUUAUGCACUGUCAUAUUUAUUUUAAAGCCUGUUCAUAAUUAAACUUUAUGCUGCCAAA